AUGGCGAAGCUUGACUUCACUCAUGGAAAAGUUUCCGAUUGCUUGGAGGAAAACAUUGAAAAACAAGGAGAUAAAUCAAACAAUUAUCAACUCAUUGGCUUCGAUUACAAUAAUAGUGUCGAAACAGAGAGAAUCAAUGUUCUUCCUGGACCGGACUAUGUCCCUGUUAGAAAAAUCAACAAGCUUCCAAUGGAAAGACCAACUACACUUGCCAUUCGUCCAAACGGAUCGAAUACUUUGGUUGAUCAAACUGGUUAG